AUGUUUUCCUGUUGUUAUUGUCAACAACAAGAUGAUCAUUUUAUAAUUCGUACAAUUGAAAAAUUACCUGUACACACUGAAGUUAUUAAUUUAAGACGUUUAUUAUAUCCAAAAAAUUUUUCUGAUAAUAUGAAUGUUGAUUUUAGUCUUGUUAAACGUGAUGAAUUUCCUUAUAUGUAUUUUUUAAUAAAUCAUUCAUCACGUGGUAUCUUAACAAUACGUAAAGAAAUUGAUCGUGAUGAAUUAUGUCGUUUACGUCGUUGUCGUUGUGAUACAUGGUGUGAUUUAGAACUUGAAAUAAUAAUAAAUAGUGAAAAAUUUAAUAUUGAAUUAAUAACAAUACGUAUUAUUGAUCGUAAUGAUCAUAAACCAAUUUUUUUAAAUAAUUAUAUUAAUUUAACUAUUGUUGAAAAUGCACAAAUUGGUGCAAUGAUUAAAUUAGAAGCAGCUGUUGAUUAUGAUCAAGGACAAAAUAGUAUUAUUGGUUAUUCACUUUUAUCAUCACAAUCACUUCCAUUUUCUCUUCGUUAUAAUUUAAUACGUGGUGAUUUAUCACUUGUUGUUGAACAAAAACUUGAUCGAGAAUUGAUAUCAUCAUAUAAAUUUGAUAUAAUCGCUCAUGAUGGUGAUAAUCAAACAGGUAUAUUACAUGUUUUCGUUAUAAUUGAUGAUAUUAAUGAUUCACCACCAAAAUUUGAACAAAUAAUUUAUAUUAUACAUAAUAUAAGUGAAACAAUAUCAAUUGAUUCAAUUAUAUGUCGUGUACAUGCAACAGAUGAUGAUGACGGUGUUAAUGGAGAAAUAAAUUAUUAUUUAAUAAGUCAUGAUGAUUGUUUUCAAAUUGAUCAAAUAACAGGUGAUAUACGUCUUAAAUGUUUAUUAGAUUAUGAAACACAAACAAUGCAUCGAUUAGAAGUUGAAGCAAGAGAUAGAGGUGAAGGUUAUAAAACAGAUUUUUGCACAGUAUUAAUUCAUGUAUUAGAUGAAAAUGAUAAUGCUCCAAUAAUUGAUAUCUAUCCACAUAAUGUUGAACCUGAUACAAAUUCAGUAAAACUUUUUUUAAAUGAAUCAUCACCAAUAAAUUCUCUUAUAUUAUCAUUAUCAAUAAUUGAUCGUGAUUCUGGUGAUAAUGGACGUGUUACAUGGAAAUUUAAUCAUUCAUCAUUAAUACCAUUUGAAUUAAUUCGUUUAACUGAAAAUACAGGUGAAAUACGUACAAAAAAUUUUCUUGAUUAUGAAUAUAUAUCAGCAUAUAAUUUAACAAUUGAAGCAAAUGAUCAUGGACGACCAUUAUCAAAAUUAACAUAUUUAAAUAUAUAUAUUAAUAUUAUAGAUGAAAAUGAUAAUAGACCAAAAUUUGAAAAUAAUCAUAUGUUAGCAACUAUAAAUGAACAUGUUAAAAUAAAUAAUCCAUAUGGUUAUGAAAUAUUUCAUCUUCAUGCUCAGGAUUAUGAUCAAGAUCUUAAUGGAGAAAUAAUUUAUUCAAUAAUUAAUAAUAAUGAAAAAAUUUUUCAAAUUGAUUCAAAUACAGGUAUUAUUCGAGCUAUGAUAGAAUUUGAUCGAAAACGACAAGAUAAAUAUAUUAUACAAGUGGAAGCAAGAGAUAGAGGUACACCAUCAUUAUCAUCUCGAGGAACAAUAACAUUUACAGUUAUUAGUCAAAAUAAAUAUUCUCCAAUAUGUAAUGUUAAUAAUAAUAAAAAUGUAUCAUGGUCAAUUAUGGAAAAUAGUGCAUAUGGAACAAUUAUUGGUAUAAUAUCAUGUUAUGAUGAUGAUAAAGAUGAACCAAAUGGGCAAAUGAGUAUUUAUUCUCAUUGGUUUCCAGAUGAAAAAAUUGAUUAUGAAAAUAAAUAUAUAAUUCCAUUUGAAAUAAUAACAAAAAAAAGUAACACCUCUGAAUCAACAGUAUUUAUCAUUCUAUCUGUAAAUGGUUCAAUUGAUCGUGAAAUUAUGUCAUUUUAUAAAUUAUUUCUUACUAUAUUCGAUCAUGGAAAUCCUCCACAAUCAAUAAAUAUUUCAAUAUCAAUUGAAAUUCUUGAUGAAAAUGAUCAUUGUCCACAGUUAAAUAUUGAAUCACCAUUUAUAAUGAUUAAUCGUGAUAUAACAAGAAAAUUUUUUUUAUUUAAUUUAAUUGCAUUUGAUAAUGAUACUAAUUUAAAUGGUAAUAUUACAUUUGAAUUAUCACCAUUAACAUCACCAUUAUUUAUUAAUUUAUAUUCUAAUGGUACAUUAAUUGUUCAAACAGAUUCAAAUUUAAUUAUAGAUGAUUCAUUAAUAUUAUUACAUGUACAAAUACGUGAUCAUGGUCACCCAACACCAUGUCUUAUUGUUGAAACAUUACGUUUAUUUAUUGGUUCAAAUCAAACUAAUUGGUCAAAUAUUGUUAAAAAUAAUAAUUAUGAUGAUAGAUCAUUAAAUCUUGAUAAUGAAGGAUUUCAGCAAGGUAAACGUAUGGCUCAUGCAUAUUCAAUUUCAUCAUCAUCAAUAUCUUCUCCUCUUUUUCAAUAUACAUCAAUACCUUUAUUAUCUACACGUAAACAUAUAUUUGUAGUAUUUAUUGGUUCAUCAAUACUUAUGUUUAUUGUUAUAUUAACAAUGGUUUUAUGUUUUAUUGAUUGUAUACAUAAAAGUAAUAAACAAAAAAGUCAUAAGUUAUCAAUGAUUAAAACAAAUGGUAUUAAUAAUCAUAGUUCAAUUCCUUUAACAAAAGAUAAUUCAUCAAUAGAUCAUUAUAAAAAUUUAAUAUCAACAACAAAAACCAAACCAAUUAUUGCUGUUUCAUCAUCAAAUUCUCAUUCAUCAUCAUCUAUUGAUUCAACAACACGUGCUAAUACAGCUCAUAAUCGUGCAAUUGCAAAUACAUAUACAUAUGUAGCACUUAGUACAAGUGAUGAUUUAAUGCCAACUGACUUUGAUGAUAAUAUAAACAGUAAUUUUGAUAAUAAGGGAAUUCAAUUAAUGAUGACGACUGUUUAA